AAAGAUGUACUGACGAAUUUAGGGUAAAAGGUCACGAAUGACUGUCAUAAUCGUCAACACAAUUUAUUCCUUUAAGUUUCAUCUAGUAACUACUGUCCAUAUAUUGAAAAUAAUUCUUACUGAAAGUGGUUUUAGGACCACGGCCACGGACCCAGAUUAACUGAAAUGCAAAUAGCAUCGAAAUUCCCAGAAAUCAAUUGACUCGUUGCGCAUGAGUGAAGAGGUUGUUAAACAGACACCAUUCCGUAAACAAAGCUCAACGGCGUCCUUUCUCGACUCCGUGAUUUAGCGUUCUCUUUCUCUAAACAGGUAUGGCUGCUUCGAAGAAGAGGGUUUAUAUAUUCCAGAGCGAAUAUGAUGUCUUUGAGAAGCUUGUUCCUUCCAAUACUAAGCCAGAGGCACUAAGUGGAAAUCUAUUUGGUUUGUGGACAACCGAUGGCGAACCUGUAAUCCACAUCGUUUCAAGAGAGCAUUCCUGCGAAGUUGGAAAGGAUCUUUCGCUUUCGCAUAUCGGUGAUUGGUAUUAUGGCUAUUCUUUAAAGCGACUUAGCACACGAAGAAGUCAGAGAGACGUUAAAAACUGCAGUCAUAAUACAGAAGGUAAAUUUCUUGAAACGACAGUCAGUCUCAAACGUUCAGGACAAGAAGUCACGCUUCGGCUAUUCAUCGUCAACUUGAAGAGAGGUUCUCCAAAAGCCCUCGACGUUGAAGUUCUGAAAACUGAAAGCCCAUUUAGAGAAAUCGACACAGGCAGUCGUUUGAACGAGGGUUUUGAGGUGGAGGAAGAAAUGGAAUGGUCUACCUCCGAAGUUUACCCCAGCUCUUCAUAUCUCCAAAAAGAUCCCUACGGUGAAAUUACUCAUGCAGGUGAAGCUUUUCCAAGAAAUUUGGAUAAAGGAGGUAUACAGCAGAGAAGCACGUUCUUUUCUUCUGGCUACCAGCGGAGCUCAUCUCGUGAUUUCAAGGUAUUUAUGUUUGAAGAAGACAUCGAGAGGAUAGAAAAGUACAUUCUUGCAUAUCCUCAUCUAGAGACUGGAGGAGACCUGUUUGGUUUGUGGACCACUAAUGGUGACGCAGUCAUACAUAUCGCUCUGGGGCCAGGUCAGAAUUGCAAACGGACUGGCGCCUCCUUUUAUCAAGAUAUUCCCUAUCUGCAAAGAAACGGCAACCUUCUUACUCAAGACUACUUGUUAUGCCACAUUGGAGAAUGGCACUCACAUCAUCAGCUGCGACUUUUCCAACCAAGCCAAGGCGAUUCGACGACUGUGAUAAGAAACUACCCUCGAGGGACACAGGGCUUUCUUCUGAUCAUUGGCAACAUCGAGUCGUAUGGUUCUGUGAGAUUAUCCCCGUAUCUUUACACUGAGAGAUCCACAUAUAGCUUUGAUAAAGCGGGAACAGUACAGGGUCUUCGCAAUGAGAAUCCCUUUAACAAGAUCGAGAAGAUAAAAUACCAAAAGGAGAAGGGAAGUGAAGUCAGGGAACACUCACGUUAUCCAAGAGCUACAAGUAGCCUUAGUCCUCUGCAAUCCUCUUACAGCCCCUUUUUAAAAAGGUCCUCGGGGUCAAAUUUCUUAAAGGUUACUCCCCAAGCACCAAAUGGAGGGGUGCGAAGUCCAUCCAGUGCCCAACUACCCUGGAGGUGAAUCUGCAACGACGGAAUUCAAAUGUAACGAUAAGCAUUUUCAAAUGUAAAACUGGUCAUAAGUAACAUAGAGCAGAGGGACAUCAAACGUGCUUUGCUCCGAGCCACUGAAGGGCAGCUAUUUGAAUACUCAUGGAGGGAAAGAAACUUCUUUUUGCUUUCGGAAGACAUAAUAUUCAGACCAUAUCAUUCUCAGUUCAUUUUAUUUGUCACUUUCGGAGGGAUAGUGUCUUAUGUAAAAGACGACACUGAUAGUCAUUGAGAAAAUAAUAGUCACAAAAAAGUAUUUCGUCUGCCGUUCGGGAAUUUAUCUUUCUUAUUUUCAUAAGCAAUCUUUCCAUAUACUGUAGUUUUAGUGUAAAAUCAUUUUAUUAGAUGUAAGAAUGAAAAACAAUGCAAA